AUGGAGCACCAUGUUCUCAUGCUUAAGAUGCUACAAGUGCAUUCAGCCGUGGAUCUGUUUGUGAUACUGGAAUCUAACUAUACUGGACAUGGAGAUCCACGGCCGUUAAGGUUAUUACACAAUUUGAGAAGAGGAUACAUGAAGCGAUUCCACCACAAGAUAAUGCACGUCUAUCUUGACACCUUUCCAGCUGGUGGACGAGCUAAUGGUUGGAUUGCUGAAACCUACAUCCGUCAGCAACUUGCACCUGCUGUAGAGGCUAGAGUCUCAGGGCUUAGAAAAGAUGAUUUAUUCGUAUUUAUGGACACUGAUGAAACACCAUCAGUGAACCUCCUGCACUUCCUCAAACUUCACAAUGGCUAUCCUUUCCCUGUAGGAUUUUUUCUUCAAGGUUUUAUAUAUGGAUUCUUUUGGUUAAACCAACAUCCAAAAAUAGUCAUCGGUGUGAGUACCAUUCAGAUGCUUCGAGACGUCUAUAAAGGAAGUAGUGAUGCAAUUCGUGGAAGUAAAGGAGUGAUAGGACAACUCCAGAAAGGAAGUCACCCCUGGGGUAUGUUUGAAACCUGGCUGAUCGGAUCACCUGACAACUAUGCUGGAUGGCAUGCAUCAUGGUUCUCCUCGCCAAGGGAGGUAAUCACGAAGCUGACUUCCGCUAUUAAUGCUGACUUUCCCCGAUGGGGAGACUACCCAGACAAAUGCACAUUUGACUAUGUUGCUACUCUGUUUAGAAAGGGGGAAUACUUUGAUGGAAAGAAGCAAUUCAAUCAAAGUUGUUUCAACGACAUAUAUGUAUUGAAGGAGAUUUCUUAUCUGUUCAAGUAUAAAGGAUACUUCAAUUUUAUGCUACAAAAUCCAACAGUCGUGCAGUAACUUACGACUGUAUCUUAUGUCCCCAGAACGUACAUAUGUCAGUACAAAAGUGCCUCAUAUAUGUAUUAUAAUGGAUUUUACCUUUCGUUAAUUGUAUACAAUUGUUUGUGUGCAAUACCUUGUUUGUAAAUUGCCAUCAAGCGGGAAUUAAAAAACAGAAAUAUUAUGUUA